CAUUAUUAACUUGAGUCCUUAGCUCUACCGGGAUGCGGAGUUUACUCAGAAGAGAGGAGAAGGUGACCAGUUUUAGGCCGAACGGGACUGAUUACAUCUGCAAAAAUGGUCGAGGCUUUCUGCGCAACAUGGAAACUGGUGGACAAUAAGAACUUCGAUGACUACAUGAAGGCAUUAGGAAUUCCUUUUGCCUCAAGACAAGUGGGCAAUGCUACCAAAACAACAGUAAUAAUCAGCUCGGAUGGGGAAAGAGUGAGGUUGAGAACCCUAAGCACAUUCAGGAAUACCGAAUGUAUAGCGAAACUUGGAGAGGAGUUUGACGAGGUGACACCUGACGACCGACACGUAAAGUCUACCUUUACCAUGGAGGGAGACAAAUUUGUGCAUACACAGAAGUGGGAUGGGAAAGAGACCAAACUGAUAAGAGAAAUCAAGAAUGGAAAGAUGGUGAUGACGUUAAUCUUUCAGGGAGUCCAAGCAGUCCGCAUGUUUGAGAAGGCCUAAAGUUUAAGGAAGGAGGACAUCAUUUAUCCCAGCACAGUAAACCAUCAACAAGAGCUUCUACUUUUUACCUGAAAUGAAAAACAUGUAGUUUUUUUUCUUUCUUUCUUUUGUUUUUUUUUAUAUUUCAAACAAUGGUUUGCACUUGACUUAUUUUCAUUCCAUAAACACAUAAUUUUGUAGUCAUGGGGAUGUAUGAUAACCUUGAGUAAGAACAGCACAGUAUCACUGCAUUAAAAAGAAUAGACUGGAACAACAACAGGUGGGGCGAUAUACUGCCACACUCUGGAAAACAAAAGACUGGUCCCAGAAUUACAAUUUCUUAUAUGUAAAUUUCUAUAUCCUGAUCCUCAAGACGUUCCCUUCCCCAUUAUUUUGUGAGAUCCUCUGUAAGAUACAUGGAUAAUGAUCAAGGGCCUAAACUGUCUCUGACUCAUGUAUUAAAAGUGGAAAUGAGAAAUAAAUGGCUAAAUUAAACUUU